GGCGGGGCGGCGCAGGGCGAUGGCGAACCAGCGGUCGGAGGACGACGAGAUGACGGGGGCGAUGGCGAGCGACGAGAUGGCGUACGACGACGACAAGGAAGGUCGAUUGGACGAAGACGAUGAGGGGACUGCCGAGAAAGAGACCAAGUACGACGAGGAGAUGUCGACGCAGACCGAGGACGCCGAGACGACCGCAGCAGCGGCAGAAGGCGGGAAGGAAGCUGAGAAGGGGCUGGCGAAGCCGCAGUCGGCGUAUUUCCACUUCCUCGCGGCCAAGCGCCCGCAGGCCAAGGCCGAGAACCCCGGCGCGACGAUUGGGACGAUCCAGAAGGUCCUCGGGACCAUGUGGAAGGAGCUGACGCCGGAAGACAAGGAGCCGUACGUGCAGCUGGCCCUCAAGGACAAGGAGCGCUACGCUGCGGCCAAGCAAGACAUGAUUGACCGCGGAAUGGACGUGGCACCAGAAAAGCCGGCGGCGCCACCGGCAGAAGACGUCUUGAUCCUGCCUCUCUCGCGGGUCAAGCGCAUCAUCUCCGCCGACCCGGACGUCGGCAAAGUCUCGAAGGAUGCUCAAAUUGCCAUCGCCAAGGCCACCGAGCUCUUCAUCCAGUUUCUCGCGGCGAAAGGGUACGAUAGUGCGCUCAUUUCCAAGCGCAAGACGAUCAAGGACUCGGACCUGCUACAAGCCAUUCACGCACUCGGGUGCUUGGACUGGCUGCGCGAUGACUUUCCUCAAUCGUCGUCGGCAACGACGAGCCGGUCGAAUGAGCCCAAGGCCAAGCCGGUCGAUGCACCGACGAGCGAGGCGUCGCGCAUCACGUCGUUCUUCACGCGCUCCGAGUCGUAAGCAACCAUGCAUGCAUAGUACUAUGUUUGUCUUUACUACACUG